GCUUUAUCCCAGCACGGAUGCCGUGUCCUCACACCCACGAUCCCGGGCUGCGCUGGCUGUCCCCCAUGUGGAGCUGCCGCCGCUUCAGAGAGCCGAUGUCAGAGGAGCGCGGCGCGCAGGAGCGGCAGCAGAGUCGUGAAGAAGAUGACAGGAAAGUAAGGAGGAGAGAAAAAAAUCGAGUUGCUGCACAGAGGAGCCGGAAGAAGCAAACUCAGAAAGCAGAUAAACUUCACGAGGAAUAUGAGUCUCUUGAGCAGGAAAAUACCUCCCUGAAAAGAGAAAUCGGAAAGCUAACAGAUGAAAUGAAACACUUGAGUGAAGUGUUGAAGGAUCAUGAAAAGAUCUGUCCACUAUUGCACUGCACCAUGAACUUUGUGACCAUACCAAGGCCUGAUGCACUUGCCAGCUGCCUACCAAGAUGAGUGCUCUCCUCAAUCACCUCUCAAUGUGAUGUGGGAAAGUGUCAUUAACAGGAGGUUUCAAGAACUGCCUAGUGUGCAGUUAUUCCAUCGAAGAGGGCUGGACUCAACCACGCAGCUCUACUCGACAUUGAAUUGUUACAGUCUUCUAAAUCUCAGGAAAACACCAGUAUGGAAAAAGAAGACAGUUUGAACAGCAGCUUCUUACUUGGUAGACUCUUCAAGCCAUGGUUUUGCCUUUGGAAAUGUCAAAGUGCCGUGCAGCCCACUAUGGAAUGAUGGAGAGUAGACAGGGAAAAGUACCGACCUCAGACUGGGAUGCCUUUCUCCCACACAUCCACUGCCAGUAACCCUUUGUCACUUGUCACCCAUGCAUGUCAGGAUCUGGCUGCUGGGUUUUGUCUCUCUAAACAGGUUUGGUUAAUAAAAGUGAUGUCUCAUCUCCAUAAUGUUCUCCACCUUCUUCAGUAAUCUUUAUAGCAUCUCUGCUUUUCGUUUGCUGGUCGAUGCCAAAGUCUAAUGCUAAUCUUCCUGUUAGUUGUUCUAUUAUUUACUUAUCUCCUCUUCAUUGAUUCCUCUUUUGAGGUGUGUGUAACAAAAGAGUUUUCUUAGUCUUUAAUAUUCCAAAUCAUCAGUCCUGCUGGCAUUAGUCCUUGGAGUGUUGUAUAUCCUAAAAUAUGGCUUGGUCAUUUUCUGAUGAUGAUUGUCUGCUCUGUGUGGAAGAAAAGCAAACAGAGUUUGAUGGUUUUAAACAUUGUUUUAAAAAGCAGAUUUUAAAAUUUACUCUUUUAAUGCACCCACUGGAAAUGAACAAGUAUCUUCAUCCUUCCUUCAUCUUGCUUAUUGCCUCUGGAAGAUUAUGUCUGUGGGUUGACUUUUGCUAAGCAUUUUGUUCUAUGUCUACACUGAAGGUGUUUGAUAAUUGCUUGAAAGAAAAACAUUCUGUUUAUUUUUCUUUUUAGUUACAAAAAGGAAGUAUGAUUGCAAUGUUAUUGAGAAAUACACAGAAAAAUGUGUUUACUUUCUCUGAAGAUUCCUAACAGUGUCAGCCUCUUGAAAUGUGGAUGCUGUAG